AUGCGAUUUAAUAUUAUUUUUGUAAUAAUUUCUUUAAUUAUUUCAUUUGUUUCGACACAAGAAAGGCCUUACAAAAUUCUUGUAACACUUGCUGCUGAUUCCCAAAGCCAUCUACGUUCCAUGCUUCCAUUGAUUAAUAGUUUAGCAAAUGCUGGUCACCAUAUUUACAUUUUAAAUAUUUUCACAAAAGAAAAACCUGAGAAAUAUUCUAAAAAUGUUUCUAUUAUUCGUGUUCCUCUUGAUAUUGCUCUACAAGAUGAUGAACAAGUAAAGGAUAUUCAAAAAUUAAUGUGGGACUAUACUUUACAUUCUCCAAUGCUUUCUUUAGUUUAUAAGAUGGUUGGAAAAGUACUUAAUGAUGUUACUACAAAUCGUUCUGAAGAGUUUACUCAAAUAAUAAAUUCAAAAUGGGAUUUAGUGCUUGUAUCAGAAUUAUUUAAUUCACAUGGUUAUUCAAUAGCUAAUUUAUUACAUGAACGUGAUAAUGUUCCUUAUGUUAUUUUUUCAUCAUCAAUGAUUAUGGGUAUGCAUGCAUGGACAAAGGCUGUAGCAUAUAAUUGGGUAUCUCACCCACACCCAUUUUCGCCUAACCCCGGAAGCGGCACAGACGGUGCUUUUAAUCCUAUUUAUUUUCAUCAUAGAUUUAUUCACAGUCUUGAAGGAAUGGGUGAUUUAAUAACAGAACCAGUCACCGAUUAUUAUAUCAAUCCAAUUUUUACUCGUUUUAAUGGUGAAAAAAACUUCAAAUUCUCAAAGUUUAUCACUCAGAGUUCAGCUACAUUUGUUGAUGCAAUUGAAUAUUUAGGGUUUUCCCAACCAGAAAUCUCAGAAAUGUAUAGAAUUGGUGCUCAUUGUGAAGAGUCUUCUAAAUUACCAAAAGAAUAUUUAAAUUUUGUUGAGGAUCCAAAAUCAAAAGGCGAAUUUUUCAACCAAAAUUUAAAAUUAAUUUAUUUAGGCACUAUUUAUGUUGCUUUCGGAACAGCUAUUGCUUGGGGGAAUGCACCCCCUCACAUUAUUGAAGCUUUCUUUACUGCUUUUUCAAAGCUCGAUGAUUACCGAAUUAUUUUUGCUUUCAAAGGAUCUAAAGAAUUUUUAGAAAAACGUGAAAAAUUACCGCAACAUAUUCGAAUUGUUGAAUGGGCACCUCAAUUAGAUAUAUUGGCACAUUCAAAAACAAAAGUAUUCCUAACACACGGUGGACUAAAAAGGUUGGAGAAAGAAAGGAUUGAAAAAAUGUUAUUAUCUAAUUAUAUUCUUAUUAGUGUCAAAGAAUCAAUUUGCUCAAAAACUCCAAUGCUUGCAAUGCCAAUUUUUGCAGAGCAGAACCAUAAUGCACAUAUGGUUUUAAAAUAUGGAAUAGGAAUUGCAUUGAGUAAGGUUGUGAUAAUAAAUUAUUUCUUCAAAGCCUCAUUAUUUUAA